AUGGCAGAUCAGGAGGGACUGCCUGGCGCUGAAGCAUCGUUGGCUGUUUCUACGGAGACACCUACGCAAGUGGCACAGGUUGAUGAACCUCGAGUCUUCCGCCUAAGAUCCUUUCCUGUCGUGUACAGGUGGAAUGUGGGGAAGGCAGAGCAGUCCGGUGAAGUGAAUGGGGUGAAAUACCAGCAGACCAUGGGGAGGAUGGUGCUCAUGUAUCCUCUGAUCGAUGAUUUGGAUGAGGAAGACUUCAAGGUGAAGAUGUCUUGUUGGCAGAUAGAAGUUAGUCGAACUGGAGGCUCCAAGGACGGUAAAAUCCCCGCACUUUGCCAGGAGACCUACGAUGAUAUCCACCGAGACCUCUCGUGGUGGAAGGUGGACACGCUGCCCACCUCCGAGAGGUUUCUGAUCAUCUACCUGGCCAAAGCAAACCACCGACAAUGGGCUGGUCCUUGGUAUGGAGGAGCGCUCAAUCCACACAAGAAAGGACACUUUGGAUGGAGCGACCAGCAGGGUGCCAAGAAGAUUCUUAAGGAAUUGAAGAUUACCUCCGAAGAACUGAAGAAUAUUGAGCCCGGCGAACCAGAGGACUGGAACCAUGAGAUCUCCACUGCCAUGACGCCAGAGCAAAUUUGCACCGGCAUUGACAUGUCUCAGUCCGACAAGGAUAUCAGGCUUGUCAUACACCUCAACGAAGAAGCCUUGGACGGAGCAACUGCACGAAUACCACUGGAAGAGGUCUUCGCUGCUGACAUAUCAGCGAAUGAGUUCUGGGUCUUCUUGCGAGGGGAUAGCUUCACCCUUUGUCGGGGUCUUUUAGCACAGCUGGUGAGACCAGAGCUCACCACUUGGCAGGUUCGAUCCGAGCGACGGAGAAAGCUGCCAGAGGCGACAUCAGUUUGUGCGUGGGGACGAAGCUGGCAAAUGAUUGCGAACUAG